AUGCCAACUCGAUACUCUGGCGCUCCUAUGGUCCGGGGACCCGACAACUGGUCCCAAUCCGCAAAGGAAGACGAUGACACCCAAAAUACGGAAAAGAGUGAUGCUACCACCCGCCAUAGCAGUCGGCCCCUUUGGACGCCUUUCUUCUUGCGUCGUCCAGUCAUUGUGGUGUUUCUACUAGCCUUCUUUGCCAUCUUGUGCUCGCUUGUGGCCUUAUUUGUCUACUCUGUGCGUCAGCAUAGUAGCCUAGGGAUAAAAACUCCAGGACCAAAAUAUUAUUACUUAUGGACCUACGGUCCAACUGCCGUGUUCACGAUCCUGAGCGCGGCUUGGACGCAGGUAGAAUAUCGCGCUGCCCAAUUGAUGCCGUGGGUUUUGAUGUCCCGCGGCCCAACGCCCGCAUCCGAAAGCAUUUUCCUCGACUAUCUCUCAAAUUGGAAUAUUGAAUCGUUGUUCAGAUCUGUUAAACAAAAACAUUAUUUGGUUUCCCUUGGUAUUGUGGGCUCGUUGCUUUUGAACGCAGUGACUGUGUUCUCCACCAGCCUAUUCGAGCUUACUGCCGUCUCAAUAACUCAGGCAACAAAUCUCACUGUGACCCACGAAUUCAACGCAUCGAGUUGGAAUCCUAUUUACAACGACGGCCGGCCAGUCGCCGCCUGUCUGGGAUUUAUCAAGCAAAAUAUGAGCCGACCAAUUGGUAUCCACGACCCUUACGUGUAUCCGCCUUUCAAAAGCUCCAAUAUUGAUCCUACCGACAACUAUACCAUAGCUGUGGACCACAAAUACCUAGCUGAAUUGGAUAUCUUUGAGCCGACCCUUGAAUGCUCACCCGCGACAGUCAACUGGAACCCCAAGCAGCCUAUUGGCGCUCCCACCACGCUUAUCUCCGAAGAUGGAUGUUCAGUAACGACCUAUGAUACAUACAGUGGCAUUGUGGCCUAUGUUGCCGGAUGUGGAGGCCAGAUUCUUACGGGAUAUUGGGGCAAAGCAGCCAACGUUUCCUGGAAUGUUGAUUGGCGCUUAUGGGUAGUAUUUGCUCAAAAUAAAGUUGAGCCUGACCAAACUCAGAAGGGACGGACAAGAAAGGAAGUCAAAGCAAUCAUGUGCAAACCGGGCUAUGUCUUGUCUCGAGGUUCCGUGGCAACGUGGAGAACCUCCGGGCAAAGUGCCAUAUCCACCUCCAUACACCCGUACAACCUGACGACGAACGCCAUUUCGAACGUGACAGGUGGGAAGCUUAUUUAUGCGGCUUCUCGGUCCCUCUGGAUUGGAUCAUCGGGUGAAGAUACGUAUCUUUAUACUUCUCGCUAUACGAUUGAACAAUUGUGGGACUCCAUUGAUCUCUUUAUCGCGGCAGUCAAGGAUCCAUGGAGCUGCCUUAUGCGGAUGGUCGCCAAAGACUCACUGCUAGUUCCUGGUGCACACAACAUUGAAGGCACUGAACAAGUGAUUGAGCAAAGACUGUUUGUUCGCCCUCUCUCGUUCUGGUCGAUGGCUAUUCUGAUGGGGCUUCUCAUCACGGGUACAGCUCUUCUGCUAUGUUUCUAUGCCCCCGUUUCCGUAUGCCCACGAGACACUGGUUCGAUCGGAGGACUGGCCACCGUUUUUGCAAGAAGUCCAGAGUUCAUGUCCGCGUCUCAGAACUUUCAGUCUAAGUCAAAGUCACGAACAGCGAUUUCAACCUUGCGACAGACUCGGUAUAUUUCGCAAACAACGAAUACCGGAGAAUUUAGGAUUCUUCCGUGCAAUGAUGCGGCUAGUUUGUCAAAGACUAAAUCUUCCGAGACUUCUGAACUGGUCUGGUGGCGUCCACUUUCGUCAAGUUUGUUUAUUCGGUUUCCCCUUAUCGCUAUUCCACUUGGGGUCAUUGUCGCGCUGGAAGUCAUCUACCACAUUUCAGAGAGCUCCCACGGUAUCAAACCGGUUGGAAACAAGUCACCAUAUGUUCACUAUGUCUGGGCCUACCUUCCCGCAAUCAUCAUGUUCGCCAUCCGUUGUUUAUUUCAGUCCCUUGAGUUUGGAGCACGAGUUUUUCAACCAUAUUCUCUUCUACGGCAGGGAUCAGCUCCUUCAGAGACGAGCAUCUUUGAAAAUCAGCUCCGCAAGGUCUCUAUUUACGCAGUCUAUGACACCCUUCGCAAAAGACAAUGGGCCAUGGCAACAGCAAGCCUCUCAUUACUAUUUGGGGCUGUCACACCCAUUGUCGUCUCUGGUCUCUACACCACCAGUAGUUCCAUGCUUACUUCUCCCUGUAAUCUCACACAGGUGACAAGGUGGAACCUUGGAGACCCUUCCAACAGCGAAACGUCAUACUGGACUCGUGAUACCCGUGACCCCUGGUCGGCCCCUAUCGCAGGCAUGGUCAUUCAAUCAAACCUUUCCUACCCUCAGUGGACCUACAAAAAUCUUGCUUUCCCUCAGUUUACUAUCGCAAAUAUCCAUGAUAUGCCUUUGCGUGGGGUUGUUCAGGCGCGUCUGCCGGCUUUGCGUGCGCGACUCAACUGUCGUGAGCUCAAGAACAGCAGCUGCACCUGGCGAGAUUAUUUAUCUCCCAAUGAAUUAACAGUUUACCGGGAUAUUUGGGACUGCGAUCCAACCCCUGAGUGCUCUAAUGACGUUCUAUCCGCUUCGUGUGCGCCCCCUGACCAGGAAAACCCUGCACCGAGAGGAUACGGCUUCUCCUCCGGACUCGGUUAUUCUUAUCCUUGGCUCCCAUCAUAUUGUUCUAGUCAUCGCAUGCUAUGGAGCAACUGCUAUCGAGACCCCAGAUACAAUACCUCCGAAAACCACCAUGUGGUAGACUGUAAUGCGACAAUGGAAGAGGUUGAUGUUGACGUCCGGCUGCAGGUGUCGUCUUUCUCCUUCGAUCCGGACUUUGAACCUACGGUCGUAAAGGGAUCAGCCAGGCCUAUUACUACGGCGAAGAACUUGUUUAUCGGAUUUGGCAACAUGUUUAACUUCUUGAUUGAUGUAUUGCCUUUAGGGGGGCAAUCUCCGAGUGACACUGGCGAUUCCACCAUGACACAAGCUUUAAUAUAUGGAAUUCAUGGUGUCCCUGCGGAGGAGCUCAGUGAUCCAUCGAGGCUCAUAUCCCGUGUCAACGAGGUCUUCGGUAUUGUCACGGCGCAGGCUUUGAACAGCUACGGUCACGAAUCCUUUGAAAAGCCCCUCAAUCGAUCAUGGGUAAUGUCACCAAUGACUUCGAAGGAACCGGUUUACGAAGCGCUGUUCCAUUAUAGGCGGGAUUAUCUUGUUCAAAACGAGCUCUCAAUGCGCAUUCUCGAAGGACUCAUGGGGGCUAUGGUCCUGUGUGCUGUGGUUACUCUGGCAUUCAUGCGGACAAAACGAGUCUUACCUACCAAUCCAUGUAGUAUCGCAGGCGUGGCGAGUUUGCUGUACGGGUCCCGGAUUUUGGGGACCGAGUUCAUACCCACAGAAGCGGAAUGGUGUGACGACGACGAGCUGAAGAGGCGGGGGGUGUUUGAAGGCCGGAAGUUCUCGAUGGGUUGGUGGACGACAAGCGGAAAAUCCUUAGAUGAAAGUGGGUUUUGCGCGGCGGAUACGAUAACCAAAGCCUCGAGUCUUGCACGCUGGUCUAGCAACAGUGAUACGGAAGGCGACAUCGAGGCUCAUGCUGAUGCUGAGCAAAUCGCGCGACAGGGGAGAAGAUUCGGCAUUGACUUUGAUUGUAACGAAGACGGACAGCGUCUGGUCUGA